CUGGUGGAUUCGAGCUCGCGGCAGCGCGACUGCGCAGGGCUAGGGAAAGGCGCUUUCGAGAGCCUGAUCGAACUCAGCUUCCGUCCCUCGGAUCCCUUGUCCCUUGUCCCUGAGGCCUCUCCGUUGCCAGGCAACCAACCGCGUCCGCGUCCGGAACUGCGGGGAGUGAGAAAGGGUGGGAUUUGGGACGCUCCGUGGCGCUCAUGGACCAGUAUUGCAUCCUGGGCCGCAUUGGGGAGGGCGCUCACGGCAUCGUGUUCAAGGCCAAGCACGUAGAGACUGGUGAGAUCGUUGCCCUCAAGAAGGUGGCCCUGCGGCGGCUGGAGGAGGGCGUCCCCAACCAGGCCCUGCGGGAGAUCAAGGCUCUGCAGGAGAUAGAGGACAAUCCGUAUGUGGUGCAGCUGAAGGCUGUAUUCCCACAUGGUGCAGGCUUUGUGCUGGCCUUUGAGUUCAUGCUAUCAGACCUGGCUGAGGUGGUGCGCCAUGCACAGAGGCCACUGGCCCCAGCACAGGUCAAGAGUUACCUACAGAUGCUGCUCAAGGGUGUUGCCUUCUGCCAUGCCAACAACAUCGUGCAUCGGGACCUGAAACCUGCCAACCUACUUAUCAGUGCCUCAGGCCAGCUCAAGAUAGCUGACUUUGGCCUGGCCCGGGUCUUUUUUCCAGAUGGCAGCCGGCUCUAUACACACCAGGUGGCUACCAGGUGGUACCGAGCUCCGGAGCUCCUGUAUGGUGCCCGCCAGUAUGACCAGGGCGUUGACCUAUGGUGAGACUUGGAAUCUUCUCCGGUAUUCUGGGUACCUUGGGAUUGAUAUUCCUCAUGGUGAAGUUUCUGAGCUGGAUGGGAACAAGAGGAAAGUGUUGUCUCCA